AUGAUCGUCAAGGCCUUCCCUGAAACUAGCACUGGCAACAGCACAGCUGCCAUCACCUACACAUCCGAUGGUAUUUCUGAGGACACGGUCAGGGCUGGUGUAAUCGCUUUCCACAACCACUUUCCUACAUGGGUCGAUGCCGGCGGCGUUCAGGAAACGCAAGCUCUCAUCGACCCAUCUACCGCCGACCCUGAUGAAUUGGGGAUCCAAUACGUGUUGAAUGUCACCAAUUACCGCACUUCCCUUUAG